AUGAAUAGGACUAACAAAAAAAUAGUGUUUGAGGAUGACAUCUCUAGUACACAAAGUUCUGAGGGGGAAGACUACAUCCCUAAAAGAAUAAUUUCUAAAUCUAAUACUCGAAGGAUUCACAAGAUUCCCAUUGAGCUACAACAAUAACUCUUUCGACAAGUGUUUCAAGAAGGGAAAUAGAUUAAAGAGGUUGCCAAAGCUCUAAAUCUCAAUUACUCUAGUGCUAAAUCUCUAAUUCAUUAUUAUAAAAAUAAUAAACGGUCUGCUCCUUCUGCAGUCUUAGAAGUUUUAAGCGGAAAAAAAGUGUUGGUGUGUCGAGUUUCACAAAAAAUUGAUAAAAAAUACAAUAAUCUAAAAAUAGAAGUCAGACAAAAUAAUCAAAUUCUUCACUCCUACAACUACUACGAACCUUUAACAACUAUUAAAUGA